UAUAUCUUCUUAUCAGCCACUCUGUUCUUCGUCACCUACUAUUUUAUUUUCUCCCAAAACACCAACUUGCAGUGCAAGUUUAUACAUCAACAAAAUCCAGAGAAAAAACAAAAAACUUACCUCAAUGAUUCCUUCUUCUGUUUCCUUUCUGCUUCUCUUCCUUUCUGUCUUCGCACCUUCUGCUCUUUCCGAUCCAAGAGCGCAGAGAGCCGCUCUGCUAUGCACCAACCGCACAGUUUCCUCCCUUUCUCUGCGCCAAGUUUUCGUCACAAACUUUGUGGCGGCGAUGGACGCGUUGACUCCUCUGACGACGGCUCGACAGCACGGCGCCGUGGUUAAGGGGUCAGGAAACGUCACCGUUUACGCCAUGGGUGAGUGCAUGAAAGACCUCUCGCAGUCGGACUGCAAUGUGUGCCUGGCGCAGUGCAAGACGCAGCUCCUCUCGUGCCUCCCUUUCCAGAAAGGGACACGGGGUGGUAGGUUGUUCUUCGACGGCUGCUACCUCCGCUACGACGACUACAACUUCUUCGCCGAGAGCAUCGGCGACCAAGACACCACUGUGUGCGGCAACAGUGGGAGUAUUAACGGUAAUAGUAAUAAUAGUGUUGGUGCUAGCAGUAGCCAUAUUUAUAAGGCCAACGCUUUGGAGCUAGUUACGAACCUGAGCGAAGUGGCGCCCAAAAACGAUGGGUUUUUGGUGGGGUCGGUGGAGAGAAAAAACGUGAGUGUUUACGGGUUGGCUCAGUGCUGGGAGUUUGUGAACGGAAGUGUCUGCAAGAAAUGUUUGGCGGAUGCCGCUACGAGGAUUUCUUCGUGUGCAACACAAGAAGGGAGGGCGCUAAAUGCUGGUUGUUACUUGAGGUACUCUGCGCAGAAGUUUUAUAACAAUUCAACCGAUGUUACAAUUUCUGGAAAUCAUGGACGACGGAGUCUAUCUAAAAUUCUGGUCGCGUCCGCUGCUGCCGUGGCUCUUCUGCUGGUUGUUGCAACGGUUGUUUUCUUUAUAAGGAAGAAAAUUGUGACAAGGAGAAGAGAAAGAAGACAGUUUGGUGGCUUUCUCGACAGAGUGAAUAAGUCCAGGCUAAAUAUGCCAUAUGAGAUUCUUGAAAAGGCAACAGAUUACUUCAAUGAUGCCAAUAAGCUAGGACAAGGGGGGUCAGGUUCUGUUUAUAAAGGAGUUAUGCCAGAUGGGAUUACUGUUGCCAUAAAAAGGCUAAGAUUCAACACAACACAAUGGGUGGAUCAUUUCUUCAAUGAGGUCAAUUUGAUAAGUGACAUUCAACACAAAAAUCUUGUAAAACUUUUAGGAUGCAGUAUUACAGGACCUGAAAGCCUUCUUGUUUAUGAAUAUGUGCCUAAUCAGAGCCUCCAUGAUCACCUUUCUGUUAGAAGAAUUUCUCAUCCGCUGAGUUGGGAAUUCAGGCAUAAGAUUAUAUUAGGAAUUGCAGAGGGCUUGGCCUACCUUCACGAGGAAUCACAUUUGAGAAUCAUUCAUAGAGACAUAAAAUUGAGCAACAUUCUACUUGAGGAGGACUUCACACCAAAGAUUGCUGAUUUUGGACUUGCUAGAUUGUUUCCAGAAGAUAAGUCUCACAUUAGCACAGCCAUUGCUGGUACGCUGGGGUAUAUGGCUCCAGAGUAUGUUAUUCGUGGGAAGUUGUCUGAGAAAGCAGAUGUUUACAGUUUUGGAGUUCUAGUUAUUGAAAUUGUAACUGGCAAAAGAAACAGUUCCUUUAUUAUGAAUUCAUCCUCUCUCCUACAAACGGUUUGGAGCCUCUAUGGAUCAAAUAGACUAUCUGAAGUUGUUGUUCCGACCCUUGAGGGUCCUUUUCCGGCAGAGGAAGCAUGCCGACUACUUCAGAUAGGACUGCUUUGUGCACAAGCUUCUGCAGAGUUGAGACCAUCGAUGUCAGUAGUAGUUAAAAUGGUUAAUCAAAAUCACGAAAUUCCUCAGCCGACCCAACCGCCAUUUAUUCAUUCUGGUAGUUCAGAACUCAGCAGAUCUGGUUUACCUGGAUAUAAUUUUCAGCCUGGAUCCAACACUCAGUCUUCAGCAAACACCGUGACUGAAAGUCUGGUUGAACCUAGAUGAAUUACAUUACAAACAUUUCUCCGGUACUACAUUUGUGCUCACAGUCACAAUCCCCAAGUACUCUUAUAGAAGUUGUGGCAUGCUUGCUUUCAUGAAAAAGCAAGGCAAUGCUGUUCUGCAUGUCUAAGUGAAUUAAAUCGAGAGUGACAAAACCCUUCAUAUGAAUCAUAUGCCAACGGUUAAGACCGAUUGCUAUGUAUACAGAUAACAGUUUCACAAAUGGCUGCAAGGUAAAAAAGUUAAAUUUUGCCGAAACUUAUACAUUUCAUAUCACACAGGUCACUUACAAAAGAAUCAAUAAGUAGGCUGAUCUCUGCUAAAUUAAUACUACAUGUUUUUAACC